AUGCUGCGCACCACCAAGCUCCUACGCACCCCGACUGCAGUCUACCCGUGGCCCGCCUUGCCCCUGCGCCGUCCGCUCCACUCGUCGCCCGCCCCUCUCGCUCAUCACUUCUUCGACUCGGCAGACUAUGUCCACCGCUUCGAGCAGCAGGGCUUGACCCGACAGCAGGCCGAGGGCAUCGUCGACGCACUCGAGAACAUCGUCCAAGAGUCGGUCAACAACCUCGAGUCCAACCUCGUGUCGCGCACUGAACACUACAAGCACCACGACCGUCAAAAGGUCGACUUUGCCGCCCUCAAGCAGAACCUCGAGCUGUCGGAGCGCACCGACUUCAUGAACCUCAAGGCCGAGAACGAGCGCCUCCUCGGCGACAUCGAGCGCCUCAAGCAGAAGCUGCGCGAGGAGAUCUCGCGCACCCAGGCCGGCGUCAGGCUUGAUCUCAACCUCGAAAAGGGCCGGAUCCGCGACGAGAUGAGCACGCGCGAGGGCAAGCUCACCGAGGUCGACACGCGGAUAGAGAACGAGAUUGGCCUCUUGCGCGCAUCCAUGGAAGCCGUCAAGUUCAACAUCUUGCAGUACGCGUUCGCCGUCAUGUCCGGUACCGGCGCGCUCCUCCUCGCCUACCUCCGCAUGUUCGCCAACUAAAUCUGUAGAUGGCACGCCCCCGCUCGUGUUGUAUUGCAGUUCCACCUUCUCGUC